AUUUUCUUUUUCCAGUUUGCAUGUGGUACACAAACAGGCAACAUGUCCAAAGCGAAAGUGCUUUUAGUUAGGGAGCAGCUGAGGAGCAACUGUUCGGCUUCUUUUCCUACCAAGCAAUAGUCCAGCGCAGGUACGAGCCGUCUUCCUGCACACAGAGCACGAGCAGAGGAAGUCAAAGACGGUCACCCAAGCCAACAUGAAGGUGGAGAUACUUCCAGCGCUCACUGACAACUACAUGUACCUCCUCAUUGAUGAGGAAACGAAGGAGGCUGCAAUAGUGGACCCUGUGCAGCCCCAGAAGGUUUUGGAUGCAGUCAAAAAGCAUGGCGUGAAGCUGACCAGUGUCCUGACCACACACCAUCACUGGGACCAUGCUGGAGGAAAUGAGAAGCUUGUAAAGCUGGAGACAGGGUUGCGUGUGUAUGGGGGAGACAGCAGAGUUGGAGCAUUGACACAGAAAGUGUCUCACCUGACAUCACUCAAGGUGGGAUCUCUUAAUGUGAAAUGCCUCUGUACGCCGUGUCACACUUCUGGACACAUCUGUUAUUAUGUGACUAAGCCAAAUAGCUCCGAGCCACCUGCAGUUUUUACAGGUGACACGCUGUUCGUGGCUGGCUGUGGGAAAUUCUUCGAGGGAACCCCUGAGGAAAUGUACAGAGCACUGAUUGAGAUCUUGGGCAGCUUAGAUCCUGAAACGAGAGUUUACUGUGGUCAUGAAUACACUAUCAACAACCUCAAAUUUGCUCGACACGUUGAACCCAACAAUGUCAGCAUCCAGGAAAAGCUUGCUUGGGCCAAAGCCAAAUAUGACAGUGGAGAGCCAACCAUACCCUCCACCAUUGCAGAAGAGUUUACGUACAACCCCUUCAUGCGAGUGAGGGAGAAGACAGUUCAGGAGCACGCUGGGGAGACCGACCCCAUCCGCACCAUGGGAGCCAUCAGGAAAGAGAAGGACAACUUCCGUGUCCCGAAGGACUGAGCACUCUGCCUGUGUCACUUUAUUGUCAUCUAAUAGUAACUUAGAUGUUCAGAUGUUUUAGAAAUCUGUCGUGGUUCAGACAGUCCUAUUUAGGUUUCUAGUUUGUUUUAAUUAAGGAAAAAAAAAAAGCACUUUGCCCUUGUUGAGAUAUUCUACAGCAUAUUUAUAUUAUGAUGAAGAAUAUUUAUCCCUCUGUUGCUGGCUCUCAAGCUGUCACAUGUGUCACAUGCAGCUCAUUUUACAAGUGUUGGUACAUGGCUCAGGGCUGGAGUGGGGAUGGGAGACCUUGAGACCCAGGAACAAAUCCCUGCUAUUGUGGGCACCUGAUGGGAAUGCAGACUGUGGCACUGGGGCUGUUUGAAGCGACGUUCACCAGUCUCCAUUUAAAACAGGAAUAAAAUGCAGUAACUGCCAACUGAAAUUUAAACUUUCCUUCCAUGCUGCCGCUUAUUCAAAGUGCCGCUUCUGGCUGCAUUAAACCACUUCCCAGUGGCGUAAAGCUGCAGUAACUUUUCCAUGCAGAGAUUGCACUGUUGCUUCUGCCCUUUCUCUGUUAGCUGAAGCCUGCUUGCAUGCUCCUGAGUGUGAGCUGCACUUUACCUGUAGCUGUACACAGAAAGGAAGGAGGGAUUUGUCUGCUGGGAGGUUCCAGUGGGAGCAGCUGCAGUGUGCUGCUGUGGUUAAUGCUUAACCUGCAGUGCUGUACUGAGCUCAUUACCACCUGCAUUCCAUGUUGUGACCCGGGUCUGCUGUUCUAAAGUGGCAGUGUGUGAGCAGGGUUUGGUGGAGCACCACUUCUUUAUUUGUUAAAAAAAUAAUAAUAAUUUUUUAAAUGUAUUUCAGGAAAAAAAAAAGGUACCUAAAAUGUUACUGACUUCUUAAAUGCUGUGCUGCUACAACUAAGCAUGACUGUACUGGCGGCUGAGGAAAUAAACACAGCUGUAAACAGUG